CCCCUCUGGGGCUCGAAGGCUCGAGUCUCAACCAAGCGACCGAGAGCUAGCGAACGAGCAAUGGCAGGGCCCAACCGACCAGUCAGGCCUCUUUAUCCAACGUCGAUCUUGCCGGCCCCAGCUCCAGUCUCCCCGUGCCGUCAUCGUCUUGGUCCAACUACUCGUAACCCUCAACUCGACUCGAACGAACCAGACGACAUUCUGCAGGAAGGCAGCCUGCAGCCAUACAGUCAGCUAGGCUGCAUCAGGCUUACUAGUUCGCUUGCUGGCUGAACAUGCGCUCAUGCUUCGUUCUCUCCUGAACACUACUCGUGUGCUGCGUGUGUUGGCUUGCUAGCUGACAGGCCGGGAAACAGGCAGCGAGCGAGACUGGCUGACUGACUGCCCCAGUGGGCUAGGACAGAGCAGGCGCGAAUUGACAUCGUUUAGAUGGCGGCGGCCGCGCCGGAAGUGUAAGCGUUUCAGGUGUCGCUGCUGGCUGGCUAGCUGCUCGCAGCUAGAGCUCGCCGCUCUGCAUAUAGGGCCUGUUUACCCUUGUUUGCCAGCCUCUCGGCCGGCUGUGCGUUCAUCAAGCGCGCAAGUGGCAGCGAUCCUACUGCUGCUGAACUGCCAGCUGACUGACGGGCUGGAACGCAGGCAAGUGGGCGUGCGUAACGUCCAAACGAAGUGAUAGUGGAGAAAUGGAAAGGAGCGAAGGUAAAGAAGUUCCAGAUAAUAAAGAAAAACUAGGGGACAUUGCACAUACAAAGGCAACGCAUGUAAGGGAAUGAGAAAAAGAGACAAAGAUCUAGCAGGAGACGGAUGGGGACAAGUAUUGACUAACUUGACAGUCGCGACGAUGGCAGCAGCAUAUGACAGCAGCGACCACAUGACGGAUGAUGAUAGUGGAGCGGAGUCGCAUUGAGCUGCUAACGGCGGUUUGAUUUGUCAUCGCGGGGAGAGGACAAACAAAAAAGCAGUUAGCAAUGUAAGAAAAAUCGCCAAGGGUGCCCAGACAAAGAAGCGAAACUUAAGUCCUAAAAAAUCGCUGCCGCUAGCCCACGAGCCUUCCGGAUUCACGUACAUCUCGGAGGACUCGGGUUUGGGAGUGGAGAUUAUGAGUGAGUCGAAGGACGCGCCUGUCGAAGGCCAUACCGUUCUUCCCGAGACUGAACUAUUGCCCGAACUGGCUGAUCGCGACACUAAACAAUCGGAGCCAGCGCCCGUCGUCGACGACGCUCUCGACCCGGAACGCGAUGAGCCGGAGCAAAACCAGGUUGUGGCACCGUGUGCCCCCGCCAUUACUGCUACGACAGAGCCGCAAGACGAGAGAACCCUAGCGGUCAACAUGCAGACGCAUCAACCACCAACGUAUCGCCGCUUAGAGCGAUGCCCCACGCCGGCAUGGUGUCAGGACAGCACCACCGAUCAACGUCCGCCAAGUCCUGCCAAGCGCAAGUUGCCUAUUGGCUUUGUCCCCGAAGAGGAGAAGCGGCGACGCGUUGAAGGAAUAAAAACUCCACUUGAAGAGCUAAGCGAACUCAACAGCCGAGCGCCGGAACAGUUCGUUCCGAGUUCGGUGAUGCAGCCAAAUGGCGUGUUUGGCGGCGCGUUCGAAACGUGUGGCAAUAUGGAUGACGCAGGGCAGGAUUUCGGUGCUGACGGUUUCGAUUCCGACUCAAUGGAUUCGGACGAGAGUGAUUCGAGUUUACCGUCCGAUGAAGAGAGUGACUCUGAGGUCGAUUCGGAUUCCGCAGAGUGGUUCGAGUCAGGACCUACGCGUGUCGAUGAGGAGAUGUGCCGUAAAAGCUGGAACCAACACGUUUACGUUAACAAGGGCGCCGCCCAGUGCUGGGAUAAAACGAGGGUCGGAACUCCCAAUCCUGCAGCCGCCGAAAGCUGUGGUAAGCUGAAUUGCCCGUGUGGUGAUGAGCUUUACCUUCGCCGGCGGAACGCGUACCACCGACGACGGCAAGUCGUGUUCAACCUAUCGGUAUCCAAGCUGGGGCGGUAUAGACAGGCAGCGAACCCGUCUCUGUUGCGUUCGGUGCUCGUCUGUAACACCCUUCGGAAUUUGGAGAGGGAGUUCGAAAAGGAAGGCGUACGCUUCUCGGUGGGAGCGCAUGGCAAUCUCGUUAUCACGCGAAGCUGUCCACCGAACAAUCGGGCUAGCAACAAUUGCAACAACCGACCACUGCCGACGUGGAGUCAGCGACGAAUGAUGCGCCAAGCUGCUGCUACUGGCCAGGGCCAGGAAGCUUCUGCCGUACCGCAAGACGGGCAGCACGGUUAUCAAUGGGGCGGCGCGAACGUCCGCGACUGCGGAAGCUGCGGCAAUUGCACCAACUGUGCCAACAAUCAGAUGAGAUCUAGUCACUGCUUCCAGUGCGGCAAGCCGCACAGCGUGUGCCGAAACUCGUGUCGCUCGCAGGAUUAUCGGUCGUCGCAAGAGAACGGCUGGCAAUCAGACUACCGUCAAUCUGACUAUGAUUACUGGCAACGGUGCCGCUAUCGACGCCCGGGCUUCAACAGGUGGCCCUCACCGACUCCACGUUACCCGGCUGACUAUAAAGAGCGCAUCUAUCGGGACUAUCGUGAUGAGUACGUCGAAUUGCCACCGGUAGCUGGUGGACGCCACCAGCAGAAUGUUCCACAGAACCCGCAUGGUGGCCAGAACACGCAAAAUUUGCGUGAAGGCUUCCAGGGUUACCACGAGCCGGAAUGGACUCAGCCACAACAUGGCCAGCAUCCCGUGCAAAGUGGGCAUGGCGCCUACAAUCCCCGUUACCCAAUUCGGGACCCUCGAAUGGGACCCCAGAGUAAGGAACUUAACCAGCCGAGUGUCGAUGAGCGCUACAGCGCACAAAAAGACCCCCAUGCUAGUUCGGUACUUUUCGCAGACCUAAGCGAGGACAGUGGUCGACUAACACCAUUCGUCGCGUUUCGUGACGAGCCUCUAACCGAUUAUGAUACCGUGGACCGCCUCCUCAAUUCGGUGUCCGUGCUCAAUUUUG